AUGGAUGGUCAUAGGCAAGAAGCGAUUGAUCUUGUUAAUAAACAAAUUGCAUUACUCAAAGACGUGGAAAAAUUAGAUGAUGAGAAAGGAAUGAUUUCGUUAUUGCUUCGAUUGGCUCAACAUAUGCUGAAUAAACUUAAUAAUGAAAAUAUCGAUAAAAAACUUAUUUCUCGAGGAUAUGAACAUCAAACUCAUUUAAAAGACGAACGUGAUUAUGAGGAUAUGGGUUUUGGUCUUUUUGAUUAA